ACAGCAUCCAUACAAGACACACGCGGCUUUACCUUAUUAUUAGGUUGUUUUUUUUUAGACACCUGAUGUUGUCCCUAUAGUAGGAGCCAUCUGGCCCCUUUUCCAACGACUGGCGCUUCAUGUUGCAUUCUUAACAGAUUGGACAUGUUUGGCCCUGGGCAACUGGUAUCUACACUCUUGCCUGCAGUUUUCCAUUCACCUACAGGCCACUUUUUCCCUGCAUUCCCAACCAGGCUGGGAUCUCAUCCUCACAUCCUGAUCCCUGGGCCUUUUAUCAGCUACGAAUCCUUGAGGAGUUACCUGCAGCCAGAACCAUGCAAGGAUGCUUUGAUUGUGGCUACUCAGGUGGUAGGGAUGGGGCAACUGGCAGAGGGAAUAGAUGAACACAGGCCAGUGAAGCAGCGCCGGGCCCGGGCCAACUACAGCAGCUGGCAGCUGGAGGAGCUGGAGAAGGCUUUUGAGACAACCCACUACCCAGACAUCUUCAUGAGGGAGGCCCUGGCCCUCCAACUGGACCUCAUCGAGGCCCGAGUGCAGGUUUGGUUUCAAAACCGUCGCGCUAAAAUGCGGCGGCAGCUGAAGCUCCAAGGUCAGCUCGCGGGGCCUUCUACAAAAAGAGAUGAUGAGGAAAUGGCUGAGAGAGCAAGAAGCGAUUUAAAACAGCCGACACAAAGCUUUGAGCACAGGGAGAAACAACAGGAAGGAGAAAACUAUCUGUGGACACAAGCUCCGGGCGCGCCGCUGAGCCUGCGUAGGCCGUCUGUCACCCAGAGGUCAGGGAAAUGGGAGAGGCCAGUGGGGAUGAGCUCCGAGGAGCUGCACUCCAGCAGCAUCGCCAAGCUGCGUGCGAAAGCCAGAGAGCAUAAAGCCGAGCUCCAGAUCACUGUAAACAUGUCAGGAGGCGUCGCACGGGCACAAACACGGGAAAGUGCUGCCACGCAGUGACUGAUCGGUUUCCUUCUUCCUCUUUAUACAGAUAAUUAUCUCCA